UCUCGCCAACCCACAACAUGAAAACAGGUGUCCAUCAAACAGGUGCAUGGGCAGGGAACAGGUGGCCCCAACAGGUGGGCGUGACCUUCAUCAUCAUCAACAUGGCUGCCCCGGUGGACGUUCCGAGCCCGUACAGGGGUGUUUCCGCCCCGUACCGCACGAUACUCGGCAUUGACAUGGGCACAACGUCCGUCAAGGUUUCCUUAGUGGACAUGGACUCUUCCACGACCGUUUUUUCCACGACUCGAGAGACCGGGGCGACGGUGGAGUUCCCAACAGACCCGCGCGGAGACGAACAAGAUGUCGGCAAGAUUCUGUCCUGCCUGCAGGACUGCGUGGAAAAGAUCCCAGAGGAGCUCUCUCUGGGGGUGACGCGCAUCGGAGUGUCCGGGCAGAUGCACGGGGUGAUGCUGUGGCGGGCCCGGGAGGGCUGGCGCUACUCCCCGAUGUCCCACCGCUUCCAAACGGGGAAGGUCAGCCGCCUCUACACCUGGCAAGAUGGCCGCUGCACCUCGGAGUUCCUCCAGACCAUCCCCAAACCCCGCGCGCACCUCCCGGUUGCCACGGGCAACGGCUGUGCGACGCUGCUGUGGCUGGCCAGGAACAUGCCGGAGGCUCUGGAGGGGUUUGACCGGGCAGGGACGGUGAUGGACUACGUGGUGGCGAUGUUGUGUGGGAUGGAACUCCCCGUCAUGUCUGUACACAACGCCGCUAGCUGGGGGUACUUCGACUGUGGCAGCCGGCUGUGGAACAAGGAAAUUCUGGAGGAGGCAGGCUUCCCGUGCGAUGUCCUGCCCCGUGUGCUGGACCCAGGAGAGGUAGCGGGGACCCUGAGGCAGCCCUGGUGCUGUGUACCUCCCCGCAUUGAUGUUGGCGUGGCCCUGGGGGACCUGCAGUGUUCUGUACUACCUAGUCUGGUACAGAGGGGGGAUGCAGUCCUGAACAUCGGUACGUCUGCCCAGCUGGCGUUCCAGAUGACCCCCGGGUUCCUGCCGCCUGCCGCUGACCCCUCCUCCCCGGUACAGUACUACCCAUACUUCAGCGGGAGGUACCUGGCCGUGGCUGCCGCGCUGACCGGGGGGAACGCACUCGCCUGCUUCGUCAAGAUGAUCCAGAGCUGGCUCCAGGAUCUGGGAAUCCCGUCCAUACAGGAGGACCAGCUGUACGAGCGUCUCCUGGCGUGUGCCCAGUCGUCCGGUGACACCCCGCUCACCGUCGUCCCCACCAUCUUCGGCGAGCGCCAUGCCCCGGACCAGCGGGCGUCCGUGUCCAACGCGACCAUCGACCGUCUCAGUGUGGGGCAGGUCACGCGCUCGCUCUGUAAGGGCAUCGUGGCCAACCUGCACGCCAUGAUGCCACGCGAGUUCCUCACCGAGUGUGGCGUGCAGAGGAUCGUGGGAACGGGAAGCGCCCUGACGAGAAACCCCAUCAUACAGGAGGAGUUGGAGCGGGCGUACGACAUCCCCCUGAUAUACUCGAAGACGACCUGUGGGGACGCUGCAUAUGGAGUAGCGUUCGCCAUGUUGUUGGAGAUGCAGAAAAGAUGAAAAAAGAACAUAUGUUGCCAAGCUGAAAAUAAUGAGUUACAGGUUUGAACUGUAAUAUCAUUUCCAACACAAAAAAUUGAACUGUAAUGUUAUUUCCAACACAAAAAUUUAGACUACAAUUUAGACCAUAAAUUGCUGUUUAUAGGACUUGCCAUGAUGGCUGUAUUGGCUUUAUCUACAAGUGUGAUUUAGAUUGCAGUAUGACACAGUAUGAGCCAUAACAUUUCUUACCUCCUGCUGUUUGUUUCUUCCUUAUAAAUGCAGAAUUCACAUAUAGCCAUAUUAACACAGGCAAAUACUGCUAGGACCACUGAUUACUAGUAGUCAACAAAUCAUUGUGGUUCAUAGCAUUUUGUCUAAUUAGUUGGUGAGGACUAUGAAUUGCUAAAGUUUUUUUGAUGAUUUGAAGCUAAUUAAUUGAUGAAGUUGCCACAAAUGCUGCUAUGAUUUGAAUUUAUCUACUACUCAGAUAUUUGCCACUAGGAUUUGAAGAGGAUUGUGAAUAAUCAGUGAUUGGUCCAGUGCCUGGACUAUAAAGCCAUGCAGUUGUAUAGAGAAAUAAGUGCCAAAAGAGAAGUGUGAUGAUACAUGUAUUUCAUUAGCUCUUAUCUUCCAAAUGUAUUCUGCCAAGACUUAAGUAUACAGAAGAGUGGCUAGUUUUGCCGUUUUGUUAAUUGUGGAAAGAAGGCUAAAGCCAGAUGUGUUUUAAUGCACAGUUAAGUGUAUAAUCUGUCUGAUAUUUUACAAUGCAGUGAUAUACCAGAAUGUGUGUGUUUAAAAUUUGAAUGGAGAAGAAUAUGUACCAACAGAU